AUGGCUGACGAAGAGUUGAACCUCUACGACGAAAUCGAAAUCGAGGACUGUUUCUAUGAUGAGACACUGCAAAUCUAUCACCACCCAUGUCCCUGUGGCGACCGUUUUGAGAUUUCCAUUUUCGACAUGCGAGACGGCGAGGAUAUUGCGCGUUGCCCCAGCUGCAGCCUGAUGAUUAGGAUUAUAUUCGACCCCUCCGACCUUCCCCCGGAAAACGACGACGCACCGCAGAGUGUUGCCAUUGCCGCCUAG